AUGAACGGUUCCUUUUUUUUUUCUCAUUUUAAAGAAUUCACAAUAAGAAAUACAAAUUAUUUCUUGUAUGAAGAAUCAAAAAAGAGUUAUAAAAGUUGUAUUGUAUGGUAUAUGAACCAUUAUCAACGUUUUGGUGGAUCGAUAAGAAGAUAUUCAAAUGCAUUGGGGCAAUUAAUUGACCGGAAAAAAAGAAACUUGGUAAAUAUAGAAAAGGGUAAUGAAAUUUUGAAAAGUUAUAAAAGAGUUAACUUAAAGAAGAUAUUGAAGGAUGGUGAUAAAAAAAAGGAAAUUUACGAAAAUGAUAAAAUUGUAAGUGAUAAUAUUAUAAGUGAUAAUAAUAUAAGUAAUAAUAAUAUAAGUGAUAAUAAUAUAAGUCAUAAUAAUAUAGGUGAUAAUAAUAUAAGUAAUAAUAUUAUAAGUGAUAAUAUUUUAAGUGACAAUAUUUUAAGUAAUAAUAUUUUAUGUGACAAUAUUGUUAAUGACAAGAUUAAGUAUGAUAAAGGGGAAAAGUGGAUAAAUGAAAAUGUGUUGAAAAAAGUGGAAGGAAAAGAUAAUGAGAAUUUGGAUGAUUUUAAUGAUAAGGAUAAGAGGAAUAAUAAUAAAAAUAUUAUGAAUAUAGAAAAUAAGAAUAUUUAUAAUAUAAAUACAAAUAGUAGUACAUUUUGUACACAUAAUCAUAUAAAUGAUGAACAUGUAAAAGAUUCGGUGGAUGAAUUAUUUUGUACAAAAGAAAAGAAAAAACAAUUAAUGAAAAGAAUUAUAUUUCAGAAUAAUCAUGAUUAUAUGCAUUUAAUUGAAAGAUACGAAGAAUAUAAAAUAAAACAAGAAGAUGAAUUUUAUAAUUCGAGUAAUGAUAAAAAUGAGGAGGAAUACUCAUCUUACCCUUCUUUUAUUAAAAAAAAAGAAGAAAAUAAAAGUAAUGAUGAUAACAAUAAUAAUGUAAAUGAAAAAAUGUGUGAAAAAGAAAAUUUUAAGUGUAAAGAAAAGAGUAGUAAUAAUGAUGUACAUUAUUAUUUAUAUGAAGUGGAUAAAGAUAAUGAAGAAUCUAAUGUAAAUAUGCAUUUUAAUUUUUUAAAAAACAAUUUAAACAUUUCUAUAUUUCCCGAGAUAGGAAAGAAGGAUAUAUUAGAAAGUUGUAAACGUAAGAAGAAUAUGCAAAAUGAAAUAAACAAAAAUAGUGAUAUAAAAAAUAUGUUUAAUAAUGAUAUUUAUUUUUGGACGAAAAGGAAAGUUCAUCGAGCUAUAGGUUGGGAUUUAAUCCCAGAUAAUUUGAAAAGGAAUGAUGAUAUAAUCGAUGUGUCAGAGUUGAGAUAUGGUCAUUUAAAAGGCUCUACAAAAGAAGAGGAAAAGGAAGAUAAUAAUAGAGAGGUAGGAUAUAAAGAUGAUAAUAAUAAGAUUCAUAAAACCAUGAAGCAACAUAUUAAUAAGGAUAUAGAACAAAACACAGGACAAGAUAAAAAUUCUAAUAUAAAAGGUAAAUCUGUUGAAGAGGAAAAUAUGUACAUGGGAGAAAAGAAAAAUGACAUAAAUGUACAACUUGAUGAUAUAAAUGUACAACUUGAUGAUAUAAAUGUACAACUUGAUGAUAUAAAUAUACAACUUGAUGAAAUAAAUUUAAAUAAGGACGAACGUGAUAAAAAAAAAAUUAGUUACAUACAAAGGAGGGUUGCACCUUGCAAUUUUUUAAAAAAAUUGGAUAUAUAUAAAAGUGAUGCAACCCUUUUAAAUGAUGGUUCUUCUACUAUUCAAAUGAACAAAAAUGUAGAUGUGAUUUGUGAGGAGGAUAACAAAGAAAUGGAGAAAGAGGAAGAAAAAAAAUAUGAAGAAACAAACAAAGAACCAACGAACCAAAUGAAGGAAGAAAAAUUAAUUGAUAUAUUUUUAAAUAAUGAUAACAACUUGGGUAAUGUCAAAAACGUGGAAUAUAUUAAGGCUGAGGUAAAUAAAGGAGACCAUAAGUUGGACAAGUUAGAUAUAAAAAAAGAGGAUGAUGAAUAUAACGAAAUUGUAGAGAUUGAUAGUUGUCAGAAUGAUAAUAUAAAAAAUAAGGAGAAGAAUAUGAAAUAUAUGAAUGGUAGCUAUAAUAAUAUGAAUGAAGAGGAUAAGCAUUAUGAAUCUGAUGAUAAGACAUAUUAUGAAGGGAUUGUUGAUAAUAGUAAGAACGUAUUCAAAAAGAUGAAGGAGAAUUAUGAUAUGUUUAAGAAGAAUAAUAUGUCACCGUAUAUAUUAGAAGAUUGUGAAAAGUAUAUAAAUUAUUAUUAUGGUAUAGAGAAGGAAGAAAGGAUUAAAGAGCUGAGAAAAUAUGCUGAUAUGGAUUUUUACGAGAUAAUGGGAAAUGGUAAUUUUGGUAUAGAGGAUUAUAAUAUGUUAAUUAAGAGUAAGAUAUUAUUUAAUAAAGAAGAGGAAGGUUUUCAUUAUUUUAAUUUAUUAAAAAAAUAUGAUAUAAGAAUAAAUAUAGAAACGUAUAAUAGUUUAAUGUAUACAUGUAUAGUACAAAAGAAUUCAAAAUUGAGUAGGUUAAUAUAUUUGCAGAUAAUAAAAGAUUUAUUUAUACCUAAUAAGAAUACAUUUUGUAUAUUAAUAAAAGCUCACAUAUUGGAUAAGGAUAUAAAGAGUGCAUUUCAUUUGUAUAGGAAAAUGAUAAAAGAGAAUAUUGAAGUAGAUAUAGUAAUUUAUUCAACAUUAAUAGAUGGAUUAAUAAAAAAUAAAUUAUAUAAACGAGCAGAACAGUUUUUUAAUUAUAUAGUUAAUUAUAAAAAUGUAGUACCAGAUGAAAUAUUAUAUACAAUAAUGAUAAAAAAUUGUGCGUAUAAUAGAGAAGCAGAAAAAUGUCUAAAUUAUUACGAAACUAUGUUAUCUCAAAAUUUAAGGAUAACCGAUAUAACAUUAAUAGAGAUAAUUAAUUGUUUAUCAAGGAGGGAAGAUUAUUUUUAUAAAGUGUUUUAUUUUUAUCAUAUUUAUUUAUCUAAUGAGAUGAAAAUAAAUCAACGUUUAAUGUUAUAUAUGAUAAUGGCAUGUUCAAAUAAAGGAAAUAUAAAAAGAUUAAAGGAGAUAUUAAAGACUAUGAAUAAAAAUAAAAUCAAAAUAAGUGAUGAAAUGUAUUGUUAUAUUGUUAGAACGUUUGCAAAUAAUUGUAAGGAUAAGCGUGUUAGCUUAAGUGAGCGUCAUAAUAAUAUAAAGUAUGCAUGGAGGAUUAUAUAUGACUUAUUGAAAGGUUCUUCCCAUAUGAAAAAAAAAGAAAAGGAAAAAGAAAAAGAUAUAUAUAUAGAUAAAUAUAUAGAUAAGGAAAAAGAAAAAUAUAUAGAUAAAUAUAUAGAUAAAGAAAAAGAUAUAUAUAUAGAUAAUUAUAUAGAUAAACAAAUCGAUGAGAGACAUGGCGAGAUGAUAAGUACAAAGGAACAUAUAAAAAAGAACCCUACUGAUGAUAAUAAAAAUAUUGAGAGUUACAACAAAAAUGAUCAUAUCUCUUUUGAUAGAGUUAAUCAUUUGUAUAAAGGUACCGAGUUACAUUCUUCUACAUCACAUGAUUGUAUAAACACCAAAAUAUUAAACAGUCUUAUUUUAUUAUAUAUAAAUUGUGAAUAUUAUGAAUAUGCUAUAAAUAUGUUGAAAUAUUUUUCAUAUUUUGAAUGUGUACCAGAUUAUUAUACUUUCAAUAUGUUAUUCAAUAUGUUAUAUUACAAAAUGAAGGAUUAUGGUAAGGUGUUAUGUUUAUAUGAUUAUAUGAUAAAUAACACACAAAACAAACCUAAUGAAAAAAUAUUGAACUUAAUAUUAAAUAGCGCUAUACAAACAAAAUCAUCAAAAAAUACUUUGUUUAUAUUACGUCAGAUGUUUACAUAUAAAAUAUAUCCCUCUCCUAAAAUGGUAAAAAAAUUAUAUCAUGUGGGAAGAUAUAUAACGGAAAUACAAUUAUUAAUUAAUAGUAUGAUACGUCAACAAACGAAAGAUAUAUAUGAAGUAAAUUUGAAGGAAAAUCAGCUAAUACGAUUAAAUAUAGAUGAGUACGAAUUAAAUUUAUUUAAAGAAGGAAAAACAUUCAAAAGUAAAACUCCUUUAGAUGAAGCCAGAGAACAAUUCUUUAAACGAAAGCAAAGAAUGGAAAAGGAAAAAAGAAUGUCUAAAAAUAAAAAAUCUUCAGAUUGGUUACCAUAUGGUCAAUAUUUACAAAGUAAAAAGAAGGGUGGUGAAAUCUAUGCAAAAAGGGUCGAUAGGCCUCGACCUUUAGCAUUUGACGACUGA